UCUUCAAGGCCAGGACUGGGUGAUGGUGUCGCUACUCCCGCUGCAGUCUGACGUCACGCUGCCGGGCCCUGCCAGACUGGAGGGCGAGCCCCAGGGGGACCUCAUGCAGGCACCGGGCCUCCCAGGCUCUCCUGCCCCACAGAACACGCAUGCCGGCUUCAGCUGCUCGUCAUUCGUGCCCGAUGGCCCUCCAGAGAGGGCACCCUCACUGCCCCCACACAGCCCCAGCAUUGCAUCACCAGGCCCUGAGCAAGUCCAGGGACACUGCCCAGCUGGCCCCGGCCCGGGCCCCUUCCGGCUCUCAUCCUCAGACAAGUAUCCCGGCUUUGGCUUUGAGGAGGGCCCAGCAAACAGCUCUGGGCGCUUCCUCAAGGGCAGCCACGUGCCUUUCCACCCGUACAAGCGGCAUUUCCAUGAGGACGUCUUCCCGGAGGCUCAGACCGCCCUGGCCCUCGAUGGACACUCCUUUAAGACCCCGGGGGCUCUGGAGGCCUUCGAGGAGAUCCCCGUGGAUGUGGGGGAGGCCGAGGCCUUCCUGCCUGGCUUCUCGGCGGAGGCCUGGUGCAAUGGGCUCCCAUAUGCCAGCCAGGAGCACAGCCCCCAAGUCCUGGGGUCAGAGGUCAAGGUCAAGCCCCCAACUUUGGAGAGUGGUCCUGGGAUGUACUGCUACCAGCCGCCCUUGCAGCACAUGUACUGCCCCUCCCAGCCCCCCUUCCACCAGUACUCCCCAGGUGGUGGCAGCUACCCUGUACCCUACCUGGGCUCCUCACACUAUCAGUACCAGCGGAUUGCACCCCAGGCCAGCACCGACGGGCACCAGCCUCUCUUCCCAAAGCCUAUUUACUCCUACAGCAUCCUCAUCUUCAUGGCCCUCAAGAACAGUAAAACUGGGAGCCUUCCUGUCAGCGAGAUCUACAAUUUUAUGACGGAACACUUUCCUUACUUCAAGACAGCGCCUGAUGGCUGGAAGAAUUCUGUCCGCCACAACCUAUCUCUCAACAAGUGCUUCGAGAAGGUGGAGAACAAAUCAGGCAGUUCCUCUCGCAAGGGCUGCCUGUGGGCCCUCAAUCCAGCCAAGAUCGACAAGAUGCAGGAGGAGCUGCAGAAGUGGAAGAGGAAAGACCCCAUUGCUGUGCGCAAAAGCAUGGCCAAGCCAGAAGAGCUGGACAGCCUCAUUGGAGACAAGAGGGAGAAGUUGGGCUCUCCGUUGAUGGGCUGUCCAGCCCCUGGGCUGGCAGGCUCAGGCCCCAUCCGGCCCCUGGCACCCCCAGCUGGGCUCUCCCAGCCUCUGCACUCACUUCACCCAGCUCCGGGCCCCAUUCCUGGCAAGAACCCCCUGCAGGACCUACUGGGGGGGCAUGCACCCUCCUGCUAUGGGCAGACAUACCCACACCUCUCACCGGGCCUGGCCCCUCCUGGACCCCCACAGCCGUUGUUCCCGCAGCCGGAUGGGCACCUCGAGCUGCGGGCCCAGCCAGGCACCCCUCAGGACUCACCUCUGCCUGCCCACACCCCACCCAGCCACAGUGCCAAGCUGCUGGCUGAGCCUUCCCCAGCCAGGACCGUGCAUGACACCCUACUGCCAGACGGAGACCUUGGUACCGACCUGGAUGCCAUCAACCCCUCUCUCACUGACUUCGACUUCCAGGGAAACCUGUGGGAACAGCUGAAGGAUGACAGCUUGGCCCUCGACCCCCUGGUUCUGGUGACCUCGUCCCCAACAUCAUCUUCGAUGCUGCCACCCCCGCCACCAUCUCACUGCUUCCCCCCUGGGCCCUGUCUGGCAGAGACAGGCAGUGGGACAGGCGAUUUGGCACCACCAGGCAGUGGGGGCUCCGGGGCACUGGGUGACCUGCACCUCACCACCCUCUACUCGGCCUUCAUGGAGCUGGAGCCCACGCCCCCAACCGCCCCCACCGGCCCCUCUGUGUACCUCAGUCCCAGCUCCAAGCCCAUGGCCCUGGCAUAAGCUAUGCCCAGCAUCAGCUCCAGCCUUUGCCUGGUCUGGAAGUCCCAGCUGGUCGCCCACAUUGGGCUCACCUUAAAGGUCAAGGAAGGAAAACACUACCUGUCCCCUAUGCCACUAAGCCAACAUGUUUGUUAGCUGGCAGCUGGGGGCAUAGAAGACACCACCCAGGAUGCUGCCCCUCACACAUUUCUGCCACCUGGUGGUCCAGCUCCUCACUCAGCGCCCCUGAAGAGCAAAUGUCCGGGCAAGAAGAAAAUGCACUCUCCUGAGCUCACACUCACCCACACCUAAGCACUUGCACACACACAGUCACACACGGUCAUUCGGACGUGCACCCUGCUACGCAUUGUAUACCCAGAAGAGUCAAAACUACAUCACCAAGAGCCUGACUUCGUCUCUGGGGCAGCUGAGAGCAGAGGGCCCUCACGCCCCCAUGCCAGGCUGAAGAUCUCCCCGGAACUCCAUUCUGACAUCCACGUACUCUGCAGACCUGGCCCCCUCCAGUUAUGUUUUCUCCCAGAAGCCCACUGUAUUUAUUCUCCCAUCUUCACCCCAACAGCCCAGCAAGGAGGAGGAGAUAGAAAGCACCUCCCCAAGUUGUCUGUGGACCCCCACAGGGACUGCUACGUAGCAGUACUCGCUCUGCCAGGCUGUAUCCGUCCUCAGCAUAUACUCUGUCUGGCCUCUUCCAGGGUGACACACAGAAGAGGCAA